AUGGAUUUCUCUGCCGACGACGAAAACGCUCUCAAGCAAUAUCUCCCCAGCGAAUUUGGAAAAAAGGAUGGCUCUGUGAACGUCGAGGCGCAAAUCGAGCGCGCGCGUAGGCCAGUAGUCGAUGAGAGCAAGCAGGGAAAGAAAGAGGCCGGCUCGGACGAAGGAAAAGAUUCAGACGACGACGAUAGCGAUAUGAGCGAUGAGGAGGACGAAUACCCGGUUUCUCACGAAUUGAUCGUCAAGACGCACGACCGCGCAGUCACGACGAUUGCGCUCGAUACAUCUGGCACGCGGCUGGUGACCGGAGGGAAUGACUGCACUCUCAAGCUGCAUGAUCUGAGUGCGCUGACACCAAGUACUAUCCGCGCAUUCAAGACGGUGGAUCCCUUCACCACGAAGCCCUCGCAAACCGCCGAGUCGCAUUCGAUACACCAGGUACUCUUCGGCCCCCACUCUGGAGGACAGUUCCUGUGUAUCACUGCAACAUCACAGGCGAGACUGUUCAGCAGAGAUGGAGAACUUAUAUCAGAAUUUGCUAAGGGCGACAUGUACUUGAGGGACAAGCACAACACAAAAGGACACACGGCUGAAAUCACGAGCGGCGCAUGGCAUCCGACAAAUCGCGACCGUUUUGCUACAGCAGGCACAGACAGUACGGUGCGGAUAUGGGACGUGAACAAGAGGAUGAAGCAGGAGGAAGUCAUUGUACACAAGUCAAGAGCUGCUGGUAGCGCAGGCAUGACAAGAAUGACAGCUAUUGCAUGGGGCGCUGCGGCUGAAGGAGGAAGCAGUAUGCUGGUGUCAGCGGCACUAGACGGAAGUUUGGUCAUGUGGGGUGGCGAAGGUCCAUACCACCGGCCGACAGCAGAGAUUAAAGAAGCACAUGCAAGGGAUACAUGGACGAGCGGAUUGGAUAUUAGUGCAGAUGGCAGACUGGUUAUAACAAGAGGAGGAGAUGACACAAUCAAGCUGUGGGAUACGAGGAAGUUCAAGACGCCCCUCAACACCACGUCACAUCCCUCAACGUCUUCACAAUAUCCCACAUCAAACAUCAAGUUUGCGCCCAACUCGCAAAGCAUAGUCACAGGAUCGGAGACCGGCCAUCUACACAUCCUUAACCCAGCAACUCUUCGCCCGGAGCUUGUUACACCAGUGACCCCAGGCUCUCCGCUCAUCACUGUCAACUGGCAUCCUAGGCUCAAUCAGAUUAUCACAGGUUCAGCCAACGGCCAGACGACAAUCCUCUUCAACCCUAAGCUCUCCAAUGCUGGCGCUCUCACCAUUCUCAGCAAGGCACCGAAGAAGCGACAUCUGGACGAUGACCCGUCUCUCACCGUAGACAUGGAUCCGCUCGGCAUGGCCGGUGAAGCACACGAUCCCUCUGGCAACGCAGCCUCGUUCUCUGCGCGCCAUCCCACCAUCGGUCUCACAGCAUCAGGCAAGAGCAGAGAUCCACGGAGACCGCAUAUUCCAGCUACGACACCUUUUGCGAAGUCAACGCCUGAUCAGAAGUAUGUUAUGGAGCAGAUCGAAGGCAGUGAUAUGAGAGACGAGGACCCUCGGGAGGCGCUGCUCAAGUAUGCACUGAAAGAGGGAGAGAAGGCUGUCUUUACGGGUGCGUGGGAGAAGACUCAACCAGUUGGCAUCUACAAAGAUUAUGAUAGUGAGGAGGAUGAGAGGGAGAAGAAGAAGGCGAAGUGGUAG